AUGCACUUUAUGUUUACAGAGUGUGACAUCCAAAUGAUUUCACAAGAUGACACGACUGAUGUUGUUUCCAGCACUACUGAUGGAAACGGGAAUGGAUUGACUGAGGCAUUCGUUCCCAACUCUGGCGUUUCAAAGCCGACAAUAAGCUAUACGAUUAAGGCUAUUAAUGAUGAUGUCAAAUUCUUCCGAUUUUCUGCCAAAGUAUGGAAUGUCCAAACUAUCCAAGUGUUUGUCCUUGACAGCAGCAACAAUCCUGUUGCGCCUAUCAAUCCCCGAGAGGUGUCAGUUUCGGGACCCUAUCCGAAAACGGUAGAUGUACGUCUGGUUGGUACUCCGGGUGUGACGGUGAAGAUAGUUCUUGAACCAACAUCAUAUGGUCAACCUAAACUUGAUGAAGUAGAGAUUGAUGCUUGCUUCACAUCAGUGACAACAACUACAAGUGUAACGACAACCGCAGUUCCUACAUCUACGUCUACUACUACAUCGACAACAACUGUACCAACAACAACGACCAUACCGACAACUACAGAAUCAACGACUCCCGAGGGAACGACAUCUACAACUACGGCUACCACUAGCACAACCACGUCUACGACCACUCAUAGCACAACGACAGAGUGUGACAUCCAAAUGAUUUCACAAGAUGACACGACUGAUGUUGUUUCCAGCACUACUGAUGGAAACGGGAAUGGAUUGACUGAGGCAUUCGUUCCCAACUCUGGCGUUUCAAAGCCGACAAUAAGCUAUACGAUUAAGGCUAUUAAUGAUGAUGUCAAAUUCUUCCGAUUUUCUGCCAAAGUAUGGAAUGUCCAAACUAUCCAAGUGUUUGUCCUUGACAGCAGCAACAAUCCUGUUGCGCCUAUCAAUCCCCGAGAGGUGUCAGUUUCGGGACCCUAUCCGAAAACGGUAGAUGUACGUCUGGUUGGUACUCCGGGUGUGACGGUGAAGAUAGUUCUUGAACCAACAUCAUAUGGUCAACCUAAACUUGAUGAAGUAGAGAUUGAUGCUUGCUUCACAUCAGUGACAACAACUACAAGUGUAACGACAACCGCAGUUCCUACAACAACCACUGCUCCAGAACCCACGACUACCACCACAUCGACAACAACUGUACCAACAACAACGACCAUACCGACAACUACAGAAUCAACGACUCCCGAGGGAACGACAUCUACAACUACGGCUACCACUAGCACAACCACGUCUACGACCACUCAUAGCACAACGACAGAGUGUGACAUCCAAAUGAUUUCACAAGAUGACACGACUGAUGUUGUUUCCAGCACUACUGAUGGAAACGGGAAUGGAUUGACUGAGGCAUUCGUUCCAAACUCUGGCGUUUCAAAGCCGACAAUAAGCUAUACGAUUAAGGCUAUUAAUGAUGAUGUCAAAUUCUUCCGAUUUUCUGCCAAAGUAUGGAAUGUCCAAACUAUCCAAGUGUUUGUCCUUGACAGCAGCAACAAUCCUGUUGCGCCUAUCAAUCCCCGAGAGGUGUCAGUUUCGGGACCCUAUCCGAAAACGGUAGAUGUACGUCUGGUUGGUACUCCGGGUGUGACGGUGAAGAUAGUUCUUGAACCAACAUCAUAUGGUCAACCUAAACUUGAUGAAGUAGAGAUUGAUGCUUGCUUCACAUCAGUGACAACAACUACAAGUGUAACGACAACCGCAGUUCCUACAUCUACGUCUACUACUACAUCGACAACAACUGUACCAACAACAACGACCAUACCGACAACUACAGAAUCAACGACUCCCGAGGGAACGACAUCUACAACUACGGCUACCACUAGCACAACCACGUCUACGACCACUCAUAGCACAACGACAGAGUGUGACAUCCAAAUGAUUUCACAAGAUGACACGACUGAUGUUGUUUCCAGCACUACUGAUGGAAACGGGAAUGGAUUGACUGAGGCAUUCGUUCCCAACUCUGGCGUUUCAAAGCCGACAAUAAGCUAUACGAUUAAGGCUAUUAAUGAUGAUGUCAAAUUCUUCCGAUUUUCUGCCAAAGUAUGGAAUGUCCAAACUAUCCAAGUGUUUGUCCUUGACAGCAGCAACAAUCCUGUUGCGCCUAUCAAUCCCCGAGAGGUGUCAGUUUCGGGACCCUAUCCGAAAACGGUAGAUGUACGUCUGGUUGGUACUCCGGGUGUGACGGUGAAGAUAGUUCUUGAACCAACAUCAUAUGGUCAACCUAAACUUGAUGAAGUAGAGAUUGAUGCUUGCUUCACAUCAGAGUGUGACAUCCAAAUGAUUUCACAAGAUGACACGACUGAUGUUGUUUCCAGCACUACUGAUGGAAACGGGAAUGGAUUGACUGAGGCAUUCGUUCCCAACUCUGGCGUUUCAAAGCCGACAAUAAGCUAUACGAUUAAGGCUAUUAAUGAUGAUGUCAAAUUCUUCCGAUUUUCUGCCAAAGUAUGGAAUGUCCAAACUAUCCAAGUGUUUGUCCUUGACAGCAGCAACAAUCCUGUUGCGCCUAUCAAUCCCCGAGAGGUGUCAGUUUCGGGACCCUAUCCGAAAACGGUAGAUGUACGUCUGGUUGGUACUCCGGGUGUGACGGUGAAGAUAGUUCUUGAACCAACAUCAUAUGGUCAACCUAAACUUGAUGAAGUAGAGAUUGAUGCUUGCUUCACAUCAGUGACAACAACUACAAGUGUAACGACAACCGCAUUGCCUACAACAACCACUGCUCCAGAAACUACGACUACCACGACAUCGACAACAACUGUACCAACAACAACGACCAUACCGACAACUACAGAAUCAACGACUCCCGAGGGAACGACAUCUACAACUACGGCUACCACUAGCACAACCAAGUCUACGACCACUCAUAGCACAACAACAGAGUGUGACAUCCAAAUGAUUUCACAAGAUGACACGACUGAUGUUGUUUCCAGCACUACUGAUGGAAACGGGAAUGGAUUGACUGAGGCAUUCGUUCCCAACUCUGGCGUUUCAAAGCCGACAAUAAGCUAUACGAUUAAGGCUAUUAAUGAUGAUGUCAAAUUCUUCCGAUUUUCUGCCAAAGUAUGGAAUGUCCGAACUAUCCAAGUGUUUGUCCUUGACAGCAGCAACAAUCCUGUUGCGCCUAUCAAUCCCCGAGAGGUGUCAGUUUCGGGACCCUAUCCGAAAACGGUAGAUGUACGUCUGGUUGGUACUCCGGGUGUGACGGUGAAGAUAGUUCUUGAACCAACAUCAUAUGGUCAACCUAAACUUGAUGAAGUAGAGAUUGAUGCUUGCUUCACAUCAGUGACAACAACUACAAGUGUAACGACAACCGCAGUUCCUACAUCUACGUCUACUACUACAUCGACAACAACUGUACCAACAACAACGACCAUACCGACAACUACAGAAUCAACGACUCCCGAGGGAACGACAUCUACAACUACGGCUACCACUAGCACAACCACGUCUACGACCACUCAUAGCACAACGACAGAGUGUGACAUCCAAAUGAUUUCACAAGAUGACACGACUGAUGUUGUUUCCAGCACUACUGAUGGAAACGGGAAUGGAUUGACUGAGGCAUUCGUUCCCAACUCUGGCGUUUCAAAGCCGACAAUAAGCUAUACGAUUAAGGCUAUUAAUGAUGAUGUCAAAUUCUUCCGAUUUUCUGCCAAAGUAUGGAAUGUCCAAACUAUCCAAGUGUUUGUCCUUGACAGCAGCAACAAUCCUGUUGCGCCUAUCAAUCCCCGAGAGGUGUCAGUUUCGGGACCCUAUCCGAAAACGGUAGAUGUACGUCUGGUUGGUACUCCGGGUGUGACGGUGAAGAUAGUUCUUGAACCAACAUCAUAUGGUCAACCUAAACUUGAUGAAGUAGAGAUUGAUGCUUGCUUCACAUCAGUGACAACAACUACAAGUGUAACGACAACCGCAGUUCCUACAACAACCACUGCUCCAGAAACUACGACUACCACGACAUCGACAACAACUGUACCAACAACAACGACCAUACCGACAACUACAGAAUCAACGACUCCCGAGGGAACGACAUCUACAACUACGGCUACCACUAGCACAACCACGUCUACGACCACUCAUAGCACAACGACAGAGUGUGACAUCCAAAUGAUUUCACAAGAUGACACGACUGAUGUUGUUUCCAGCACUACUGAUGGAAACGGGAAUGGAUUGACUGAGGCAUUCGUUCCCAACUCUGGCGUUUCAAAGCCGACAAUAAGCUAUACGAUUAAGGCUAUUAAUGAUGAUGUCAAAUUCUUCCGAUUUUCUGCCAAAGUAUGGAAUGUCCGAACUAUCCAAGUGUUUGUCCUUGACAGCAGCAACAAUCCUGUUGCGCCUAUCAAUCCCCGAGAGGUACGUGAAAACAAUGUCAUCAUGGCAUAUGAAUGA